AUGAGGCCAAUAGACGGGGGAACGGAGGGGCCUGACGUUCUUAUAGGCGAGGUUCCCAUGAUUCAGUGUGCAGUACGACAGCUAUCUCGCUCAGAGGAGCAGAGAAGAGCUCACGCUGAGCGUGAAAGAAUUCGGCGCCGAUUUUUGACUGCUGAACAGAGACGUGCACAUGCUGAAAGGGAAAGGCGACGUCGCGCAAAUAUGACACCUGAGCAGAGACGAGCCCACGCUGACAGAGAACGAGCCCGGAGAGCCUCUUUGACACCUGAACAGCGAAAACAUCGCGCAGAGAGGGAGAGAAUACGUCGAGCUGCGCGGACUGCGGAACAGAGACGAGCGCAUGCUGAAAGAGAGAGAAAACGACGAGGAGCAAUGACGGAUGAACAGAGAAAAGCUCACGCUGAUCGCGAAAAGUUACGACGCGAAUCAAUUGUUAGAAAUAAUGAACAGUUUCAGCUUUGGAACCAGUACAACAUGCAUCCAAUGCCAAUGUGUGAAGAAGGAAUACGUGUUCCAUAUCAUCCUCAAUGA